GCCCGGUGCCAUGUUCCCACAAUGGCCAGAUCUCGGCCAGGUGAGAAACCUGCUAAUUACCUAUCUGCCAUCAUACCAUCUCAACAGCGGUCGAUGACCAAGGGGGGAAAAAAAAAUGACCAAAAUCUUUGCUACCGGUGUCACCGGGUAUCUCGGCGGGGAUGCCGUUUAUGCGAUCCUGCAGGCACACCCGGAGUACGAGAUCUCAUGCCUGGUGCGAGACAAGGCGAAGGGUGCUCUCGUCUCGGAAGCCCAUCCAAGCCUCAGGAUCGUUUACGGAAGCCUGGACGAUGGCGACCUUCUAGAGGAGGAAGCCGCCAACACGGACAUUGUAUGCAAUUUUGCCCAUGCAACCCACGAGCCAUCGGUGCAGGCCCUGGCAAGAGGGCUGGCGCGGCGCACGCGGCCCGGGCCCGGCUUCUUGAUCCACACCAUGGGCAGCGGGACGGUGAUCUACGACGACGUCGUCAAAGGCCGGUACGGCCAGGGCAGCGACAAGGUCUUCAACGACCUAGAGGGACUGGCCGAAGUGCUUUCGGUGCCCGACUUUGCCAAGGCCCGCGGCGCCGAGAAUGCGGUACGACAAGUCGGCAUCCAGCUGCCCAACCAGGUCAAGACCGCCGUCGUCAGCACCGGCUCGGCUUACGGCCUCGGCAGAGGCAUCCUCAAGUACCGCCCCACGGCGAUCCACGAGCUGGUAAGGGCUACUCUCGAGCGAAAGCGCGCCAUUGUCGUGGGCGAGGGCAAGUCCGCCUGGACAAACGUCCACGUACACGAUCUCUCCGAGUUGUACCUCAAGUUGGUCGAGCACGCUGCUGCUGGAGGAGAAGAGACUGGGAGCGGGCCGGCCGUCUGGGGCGGUUCGGAAGGCUUCUAUUUUGCCGAGGGCGGAGAGCAUGUCUGGAGCGAGCUGGCACGGUCCGUCUCGGCUGAGGCAGCUGCUCAGGGGUUCCUGACUCAGGUGGAGGAACCCGAGUCCAUUGAGCCGACUGAGGCGUCCAAGAUCAUGCCGAUGGGCCAGUUCUUCUGGGGAUGCAACGCUCGAGUGGAGGGAAGGCGGGCGAGGCAAGCACUGAACUGGCAGCCACACCACCCCUCGCUCAAGGAGGAGCUCGGGUCUAUUAUUGCAACUGAAGCUAAGAAGCUCGGCCUUGUGUAGUUAGCAGAUAAUUAUCUACCCACCUCAGGCAGUCACGCGUGCUACAAGUCCUAUGAUUCAUUGGAAGUAUCUAUGGAUAUAUAUAUAUAUCUUUU